CCGGGUGAAAUCCGGGGUACCGCAUACCUUGACUAUGGAAACGGUAUCUAGACCUCGAAUUAGCAGGAUUUUUGGGUCUGAUACUAUACCCUAACCCUUAAUGAGUGAACCCUAGGUCCUAAUUAUCUAAAUCAUAAUCUAUAAACCCUAAGAUGAUGCUUUCCUCUUUGUGCCUAUAUUUGGACGAAUCAUAAUCGUCGAUUAUUGUUUCUAAUCAAAUUGAUCUUGGAUUACAAGAUUGGGAGAAUUAUGACCUAGAUUUUGAUCUUUAAGGGUUAGAGUAUAGUAUCAUGUCUGAAAGAUCCGUCAAUUCAAGGUCUAGAUAGUGUUUCAUACUCAAGGUAAGCGGUACCCCGGAUUUUACCCAGGGUACCGUAGAACUCGCCAUAUAUAUAUAAAUUAUGUUAAUAAUUGGACGGAUUCAAGGUUGGAUAGUGAAAAACCAUUUCCAAUUAUCACCACAAUAUACAGGUUUGGAUUUUUUUUUUUUUUUUACGGUCUAUACAGGUUUGGAUUUUAACCCUACUCAUACAGGUCGAAUUCACAUGGAUAUGGCUAUUUUCACCAUAUGUAAUUCCCCAAAUUGAGAGACAUGCUAGAAUAGUAAAUUUCUCCUCUAAUUUCUUCCCAUUUUUCCCAUGCCUUUUCCCAUCUCCCUCCUUUUCUCCCUUUCCUAGCGCACACUGUAAGAGUCUAAAUUCAUGGGCUAUGGACCUCCAAAUUAUUAUAUGUUUGGAGUGGGCUAAAAAAAUUAGCAAGGAGUGGGCUAAAAAUGCUCCAUUUUAUUUCCCAUGGAUUUAGCGGCUGGAUAUUUAUCUUGUUUGAAAUGACAUCAAGAGCGCUACUUUGGGCCGGCCCGCAUUGGAAUCCUCCCAAAGAAAGGUCAUAGGAACCAGCAAUGCUGUCAAAGCCGAGCCGGAGUAUGACCCGGUAACGUGAACGGCUCGGUCAUUAGUGGUUCAGCCGGCAUUAGACCGUUUAAAAACCGUUUGAGAACCGGUACAUUAUAAACAAUAUAAUAUCAUAGUAGAACACACAUAAAGUAAUAAUUCAAUAAUUUAAUGAGUAAAAAUGAUAAUUACAGGUACUAUUUAAUAAUUCUACACAACAUAUAUAUACAACAACUAAAAAAAAAAACCUAACCUAAUCCUAAGCGACAACGCCGCUUCCCCACCCACCACUCUCCUUCCUUCCGCUUCCCCAUCCCCCUCCCUCCUUCCUCCUCUCCCACCGCCGCACCUAUUUUCAUUUUUCAGCCACUAUAGCCUUCUGCAAUUCCUCAAAAAUCCAUCACCUCAUCCUUUCUUAACCCGUAAAUGCUCUUCCUCGUCCCAAUCCGCGAAAUGGCUCGGAUUCAAUCCAAGCCUCUGGUGAGACAGGGCAGCUUAGCGAGGAGCUGCUUGCGACGGUGGCGACGGGAUGGAAGCGCCGGGAGCGGGGAGCUGCUUGCUACAACAAGGACUGGCGAUGGCGAUGGCGACUGGGGAUGGCAAUGCCGUCGGGAAGCGCCGAUGCCGGGACAAGAGGUGUUGACGGCCGAUUCCACGAUUGGCCUUUUCUAUUUUUUUUAGGGUAAAUCAAACGGCCGAACCGCGCGACCGGCUCGAGCGAUUAACCGCUUCGGCCGCUCACCGGCCGCUGUAUAAAACCGUGGCGGUUAAAUAGCGGAUCCGAGCCGGUUUUACGGCCGGGUGGUGGCUUUGGCAGUCCGGCCGGCCGGCUCGGUUCGGCUUUGACAGCACUGGGAACCAGGAUUGAAAAAUCUUACUCGUCCAGCGAUUAAUUUAACCAGAAAAAUUUCCUACUGAUUGGCUAUAUUUAGCUGUAUGGAUUGGCUGAAUCACAAUUAAACCAAAAUUCCAGUAUAAAAUACUUUAUCGUUG